AUGACGGGUAAAUUUAUUAAAACCACGUUCGAAUUACCGUUAAAUUGUACGAAUCCGGAAGAGGAACAAACGGAAAUACAAAAUUUUUAUAAAAAUUCAAACGUUUUUAUAACGGGUGCGACAGGAUUUUUGGGUAAAGUUUUAAUCGAAAAACUUUUGGUAUCGUGUCCGAACAUUGGAAAUCUUUACCUUUUGAUACGGGAAAAACGUGGGAAAAAAUCAGAAGAAAGAUUCGAUGAUCUUUUCAAUGAUGACGUUUUCGCAAGACUUCGCAAACUCGUACCUGAUUAUCGUAGAAAAGUCAUCGUCGUGAACGGUGACGUCACACAAUCGAAUUUAGGAUUGUCACCCGACGAUUACAAAACAAUAACGGAAAAUGUGUCGGUUAUUUUUCACGGUGCUGCCAACGUUCGAUUCGACGAAACUCUUAAAUCCGCCGCCAACAUAAACAUAAAAGGAGUUGUGGAAAUAUUAAAACUGUCGAAAAAUUGUCAACAUCUAAAGAGUUUAGUACACGUGUCAACAGUUUAUUCUAAUUGCACGUCAGUAAACAAACACGUUUCCGAAGAAUUUUAUCCCGUCGCAUAUAAUUAUAAGGAUUUAUUUGAACUCGUCGAACGCGAAUCGGAUGAAUCCGUUAGAAAAAUAACAAAAAAUUUUAUAUAUCCAUGGCCGAAUACUUAUUCUUUUACCAAACAAAUAGCAGAAGACAUAAUUUCAAAAGAGGGACGUGAAUUACCCAUUGGAAUAUUCAGACCUGGAAUAAUUAUAGCAACGUACAACGAACCUAUAAGAGGAUGGACUGAUAACAUUUACGGUCCGACAGGAGUCAUCGUGGGAGUAGGUACGGGAGUUUUAAGAGUUAUCAAUAUUGAUAAAGAAACCGUGGCGAAUAUGGUACCCGUGGAUUUUGUCGUUAACGGACUCAUUGUCUGCGCAUGGAAAACUCAUGAAAAUUUCAGGUUGAACGAUAAGAAAAACAUGAUGAUAUAUAAUUUCGUAUCGGCGACGAGGAAUCCGAUACGUUGGGGAGAAUUUUCAUAUUGGAACGGAAUCUACGGUCAAAAUUGGCCAACGGUUUUGGCUAUUUGGUAUAAAGAAUUUCACCUCGUUAAAAACAGGCUCUUGUUUUUAUUCGUGUCGUUUUUUCUACACACAUUACCAUCUUACAUAGCAGAUGGAGUUUUUGUAAUGUGUGGAAAAAAACCAAAAAUGAUUAAAUUGUAUAAGAAAAUAAAUAAGUUUAGCGAAGUGAUAACUUAUUUUUCCACACAAACUUGGAGUUUUUCCGAUGAAAAUAUACAGAAUUUAUGGAAAAGCAUAUCGGAAAAAGAUAAAAUAAUUUAUCCUUUCGAUAUAGAAAAAAUGGAUUGGGAUUAUCAUGCUCAAGCACAUCUUUUGGGGCUUAGAGUGUACCUGACCAAAGAUGACAUACACACUUUAGUCGAUGGAAGAAAAAAAUGGAAAAGACUGAAAUUUUUACACAGGUGCCUACAAGUAUUACUAUUGGUAUUUUUCACUUGGAUUACAUACAAAUUAUUUGAUUUUUUUAAUAAAUUUACAUAA